AUGUCUGAAUUUGUGGCAGAAGCGGAAGUAUGGAAACGAACAAGAAAGGAAACUAUAAGGAAACUAAACCAGCUUGCCGACGAACUAGACCUGAUGCAAAAGAGAGUCAAUAUUUCCAACCUUACUGCAACAUCGGUAUCUUUAGCUACUGGCAUUGGUUCUAUUGUCUGUUUUGGACUAGCACUCGUGACAGGGGGAAUAAGUAUCAUUCCUGGAAUAGUUUUAGGAAGUAUAGGCUUGAGUGGUGGAUUUACUACAAUCGGAGCAUUGGCAGGGAAACAUUUUCAUGAAAAGGAUUUAUUAAACAAAGUCCAGCAAUGCUUGGACAAUGACAGACGCGAGUCGGAAAGGCUUAAUGUUUUACUGGACAAUACAGAGACCCUUGGUAAACAAAUCAACAAAUAUGCAAAAAGAGGAGUUAAAGGUGCAAGAUUAAUAGCUGGCGGCAUAGAUUUCGGAGCUGGAAUAGCAGCGAAUGCCGUAAAAGGAGGGACAAAAGCUGCAGUUCGUACGGUUUCCCAGGUGGCAGGCGCUGUUGGAUUAGGUUUAGACUUAUUGAUUUUGCCUCUGGAUAUCUAUUUCCUCGUGGAAACCUCCAUCAAGACACAUCAGGGAUCAACACAUGAGGCAGCUGUUAAAGUGCGAACUGUUGCAGCAGAUUUGGAAAAAGAAAAGGAUGCAUUCCUUGUCAGGCAAACUAUACAUUUUACUCAAUCAAGAACCAUUGCAGUGAGAUACAAAGGAUCGCUAAAAACAAUUACGGACGGAAAAGAAUGA